AUAGCCUCGCAUUCACGCUGGGAGAGCCUUCAAAAAUCACGCGCUAGUCGCGUUCCAUCGCGAUUCAUUCAGCGAUCUCGCGGAUAGGUUGUUUCGUAACGCGCGAGAUCACGCAUUACGCAGUUUCCGCACGACAGCGUGGUAACCCUGCGCCUGGGGAUGAAUUAAUUCGGUGGAUCUUGCAGUCAGAUGUUUCUCGUUGUCGCGCGAGGGCUGGCCGCGCUGUCCGCGAAUUGCGUUUCGUCACGACCGGCGGUCGCGUGCGUUCGCAUACCACUGACGUGGUACGUCACUAGCUCGACCGCUUAUCUCGCCGUCCAAGUAUAGUCGAGCCAGUCGAGCGCUACUCUUUCCGGGCGUCUCUCGCAAGUCGUCGCCCCAUUCCCACGUUCGUCAUUCCACGCGACGUAACCCUACCCUCGUGUCGCCGCACCGUCUCUCUCCGCUCUGGGAAACGUCACAACGGCCGUUUGAUUCCACGUGGACGCUUGCAAUGCAACCCGAAGGACGCGCGACUCGACGACGCUGAGAGAACGAGAACUAGUGCGAAGUGCGAGUAAGACUCCGGCCUGUAAAACUAUAAACGUCGAUACGAGUGCGAAAGCGAAGGGUUAGGGUUCCUCGGCGAGAAAUCUGUUUGUUUUUUUUACUUCGAGCGGAGGAGAUAUCACGACGUGAGUGCGAGGGACUUUUGACCGUGUCCGUUUACGAGCAACAUCAAGCUCCAUGGUAAGGAUGAACAGUAAAACCAACAGUGCGACGCAGAGAUUGAAACAGGACUAUCUGCGUCUUAAAAGGGAUCCAGUGCCGUAUGUCCUCGCGGAGCCAGUGCCUUCCAAUAUUCUGGAAUGGCAUUACGUGGUCAGAGGACCAGAAAAGACUCCAUACGAGGGUGGCUUUUAUCAUGGGAAACUCAUAUUUCCAGGAGAGUUUCCAUUCCAACCUCCUAGCAUUUACAUGACCACUCCUAACGGCCGAUUUAAAGUGAAUACGAGACUGUGCCUGUCCAUUUCCGAUUUUCACCCAGAUACAUGGAAUCCAGCGUGGAGCGUGUCCACCAUUCUUACUGGCUUGCUCAGCUUUAUGAUUGAGAAGAGUCCCACGCUCGGUAGUAUUAAUACAACGGAUUAUGAAAAGAGGCAACUGGCUUGGCAGAGCUUAGAAUAUAAUCUGAGGGACAAGAUGUUCUGUGAACUUUUUCCAGAAACUGUCGAGACGAUCAGAUCGGAGCUGGAACGUCGGAAAGAGAAGCAAGCGAGGCAUCAGUCCACUGCGUCCGAAGUCUCCUCAUUGAUACGAGACCAAUUUCAGAGGGAACAUAGCCCACUGCACAAUGCGCUGGCCAAUAUCGUUGUCAUCAUCGGUUUUGCAGCAUUUGCGUACACAGUGAACUACGUGCUGAAGAGCAUAGCUAUGGAAUAAGUCAGAGUCGGACUGUGUAUAUUUCAAGCUACAACGAGCAUGAGUGACAGGGAGAAAGUCAUGACAACUGUAUACGUACAUCCUGGAAAAAGGGAGACUACACGGAAGACAUGGGCUCCUGUUAUUCAUUUUACUAAUCUUUCGUGCAGACGAGCGUCAUUUCGGUUCCACGCGGCUUGGAACCUUUGCCAGUAAACUGUGGAUAGUUUCAUAGACUCUUUUUUUAUAUCGAGGGUCAAUUGUAAGUACAAGCUGUAUUAUAUUCGCAAAUUCUCUGCGCGCUCUAGCUGUUAACAAGAAGAAGUACGAUUCGUAAUCUCUCUGAUUCGCACGAGACAACGUGCGUAAGACAAAACAACGUUUAAUCGCAGUGGCUUCCCCGCUUUUCUUAUAUCGAAUUUGCUCUCUUUGGGCCGUAACCCAUAGCUGGGGAAACCAAGUUCCUUCUUUGCGGUGCUGACAACAUCCUUCCUUUCAUUGAAUUUUCUACGCUUUUAUGAUUGUAUUCAAAUGCAUUCGGAGAAGUAUGUGUUCUACGAAACAUUUGUCCAGCCCCAUUUAUCGCGAAUCUCUUUGAUAGAAAUGCACAAAUUUAUUGCACAUUGUGCCAAUGAAAUUAAAUCGAAAACUAAAACUCAAUUUCGGCAUUUAUGAUGCGCUUUGCAGCUGUUCCAUGAACGGAACGAGCCCGUUUUGUAAAUAUAUUAUAAGAACGGAGGUGAUAGAGAUGUAAUAAACGUCUCUACACUAUUACAUAAAAGCGAAUUGUAACUAUCCAUUGCGUCAUCAGUGAUUAUCUCGACUUCCUCUUAAAAAUUUUGCUGUUGAUACGUUUCUCGUUUAUGCCGAUUAAAAGGGCUCGUAUAGUGUUGUUUUUUCGUCAAUUUCUUCCAAUUGGAUGGUAUUUCUUCCUCAAUUGACAUAAAAAAUACGUUAAAUAAAUUUUCGCUCUUCCAUGACUAUAAUAUCGAAAAAAACUAAAAAUAAAAAUUUUGCGAAACUAAAAAAAGUAAAUUAUGAUUCGAACAUAUUGAAAACAGAAUCAAUAUUUAAUUCUCUUUCUUUUUGAUAUAACGAUAAUCUUUACCAGUAAUCAUUUUGUUGGUAGAAUAGUUGUUUAAUACACAUGAUACAUUUACUUUUUUAUCGAUUAAGAUUUUAAUUUAUCGAGGAUUUUACUUCAUCAUUGUAUCUUUAUCGAUCAAUUUCUACGAGCCAUUAAUCUUCAAUUUUAUUGCAUACUCUUUUAAAAGUGUGAUAAGACAAUUUCACAGUUAUGCUUAUACAUAUUCUAUUCUGCCGUUGUAUGUAUAAACAUAUAUGCGUAUCGUAAUUAAAUGAUUACGGCGAAGUAAUGUAAAUAUCUACAUGUUAUUAUUACUGUAAGCGUACGGAAUAUAGUUUACUUACCUAAGAAA